GUUCUGUCUCUAAAGAGUUCCGUCAUCAUUUGAGCGUGCCUUGGUCCUCUUUUCCGGCCUAGGAAUAGUAAAAAGGACAGGCGACUUGGCGCGCGGAGGGGAUCUCUUCUUUGACGUAGCGUGUUUCCUGCCGAGCCUGAGCAGCAGUGGGACCCGGCCCCGAUCCCGGAGCCGAUAGUCUUGGAGUAGCCCGGGACCGGCAGGUUUCGGACGGGGCGCAAUGUCAAGUUUCUCCAGAGCGCAACAGCAAUGGGCCACUUUUGGCCGAGUAUGGUAUCUCUUAGAUGGAAAAAUGCAACCUCCAGGCAAACUUGCAGCAAUAGCAUCAGUCAGACUUCAAGGGCUCCAUAAACCUGUAUACCAUCAAUUGAGUAAGUGUGGGGAUCAUGUUGUCAUAAAGAACACAAGGCAUAUUGCAUUUUCUGGAAACAAAUGGGAACAAAAAGUAUACUCUUCGCACACGGGCUACCCAGGUGGUUUCAGACAAGUUACAGCAGCUCAGCUUCACCAACGGGAUCCAGUGGCAAUUGUAAAACUAGCUAUUUAUGGAAUGUUGCCAAAGAACCUCCACAGAAGAACCAUGAUGCAAAGGCUACAUCUUUUUCCAGAUGAAGAGAUUCCAGAAGACAUACUUAAAAAUAUAGUAGAAGAGCUUCCUCAGCCACGAAAAAUACCUAGAAGGCUAGAUGAAUAUACCCAAGAAGAAAUUGAUGCUUUUCCAAGAUUAUGGACUCCACCUGAGGAUUUUCGAAUGUAAUUGGAGGAAAGCUGUAAGAAGCAACAGAGAAACUUCUGAAACUUUGGAGAGUUCUGAUUUUUCCCUGAUACCUUUCUCCGAACCUGAAAACUCAAGAGAACUCAGCUGCUGUGUGGAAGCAGUCUGUUAAACAUGAGUGCAGAAAAUUUGUAAGGGAAAGAACCAGGAGAAUAUCACCAGGAAGGUACAAGAAAAUAAUUUAUUAUAUAGAUUAUUCAGUGACCAUGUAAAAUGAUCAGAAUAAAAUCAUUUGAUUAGCUACUAAGAUUGUCCUUUAAUGAAGCAAGAAGCAUCAAUUCUCAGCUUUAAAUGGUCUCCCCCAACACUCCACAAUGAAGGUGUAAACAAGUACCCCUGUCAUCCACAACCCAAGUACUUAGAGUUCUGUCACUAAACCAUGAAUCUCAUCUCCAUCAGUGUUCAUGCCAUCAGGAUGGAAUACCAAGCUGGAGGGCUUGGCUUUCUCACUCAUCUACUUCUUACUUUUAACUUUAACAUUCUGGUCUGAGUUUGUUAGAUAUAGUUUAGAAACAGUUUAGUAUUUGCACAUUCAAAUGAAAUAAUGUUUACCUUCUCUACAGCAGAGGUUCCCAAAGUGAGUGAUAAUGCCCUCUGGGGGGUGUUGGAACAUGGGGGGAGGGGAGGGAAUAAAUAAAAUAAUAUAUAAAUAAUAAAUAAAUAAAAAUAAGGGGACGGUGGAAGCAGAAGCAAAGAAGAGAAGCUUUUGAAAAACCGUUUGUACGUGUUUCAUUGGUUGUGUAACAGAGUUAAAGUUGUAGCGAUUCUAUUAUUUUCCAAACACAAAAUGCAAGUCAUAAUGAUCAGCGGUCAAGUCUGUCGACAGGUCUUAACAAGCAAGUGUUGGCUGGCGAGCUGUCAUGCAUUGUCAGGAAGUCCAGCUUACAUUGGCAGGAAUAUGUGCCUGUAAUGACUUUUUUACAAUAUGAUACUAUAUGGUUACGUGAUGCAACAUUGCAUCAAAAUUUCAGUGCAGGAAAAAAUCAACAAAUUUAUAAUUAUUAAAUUUAAGAUGGGUAAUUUUUAAAAAAUACAAAUUUUAUAUAUUUUUUAAAUGACACAAAUUUCAAAAAAGUUGUUCAAGGAAGUAGAUUUCUAGGGGGGGCACUGAGUAAUUUUUUCUUUUAGAGGGAGUGGUAGGCCAAAUAAGUGUGGGAACCUCUGCUUUAUAGUCUCACAUGAUGGGGCUUCUCUCAGGAUUCUGGAAGAAGAAUUUGGCCCCUGUGGUGGAGGGUUUAUUAUUAAUAAUAGCUUGACAACUCACUUUACAUAUAUGGCAACUUAAGGGAUAGAAGGCUCACUAGAUUUAGAGUCAUGGUGACUUGAAUUCAAAUUUUUCCUCAGAUGCUAUGUGACUUCAGCUCUCAGCCUCUCUGUAAAAUGGGUACAAAAUACCUACUUCACAGGGUUGUUUUGAGGAUCAAAUGAUAAUACAUGCAAAGUGCUUUGUAAACCUUAAAACACUCCGUAGAUACUAACUGUUCCACUAUCAUUAUUACUGUAACACUUUAAGCUACCAUUGAGAGUGUAGAUAGGCAGGUAUCACCUCGGGUAGGUACAGGUUCCAAAUCACUUGGGGUUAAGAAUUAUCAAAUUUUAGAACUAGAGGAGACCUGAAGAGACUAUCUGGUCAUUCUCCUUAUUUUGUGAAAAAAGAAACCGAAGCGUAGAGAAGUUAAAUGAACUGCCUCCAGUGAGUAGAACCAAGACUAAAAUCUCAAUCCCCAAAGUUCAAAUUCCCUUCUUGAAGUAAAGUACAACAGAGUGGUCCUGCAGUCACCAGUUUUGGCUCUACAGAAUGUGGUGUGAAGGGGGCCCCUUUAAGCAACUAGGUACCUCCUAAAAUCAACUAGGUCCUCCUAAAGAUGGUGGACUAAUAAUGGGAGCUCUUCUCAUCUGUUCCUCUAGACCACAUUUCCAUCAGAUUUAACCCCUUCUCCAAGGAAGCCAAGGAUACAUCACCGAUCUGUGGCAAAGGUGUUGUGUUCUCUAGGGAUUGGAGGUGGAGAAAGUCAGGUGGGGAGUAAAGUGGUCUCCCCCUUCAUAAUUCAUAAAUUAAUGUUAAAAAAUAUCUUUCGUGAACUUAUCACUAGGCCCAUCUCCAAACCAUUCAGAUUAAGUCUUGUGCUGGGAUAUAGCCAUAGAAGGUUCAUAAAUAAUGGGACUCUCUCAUGAUCAAUGCCUUGUUCCAAAUGAAAUUAAAAGUAAAAGCAAAAAUGGGUUUUCAAAUACGUGGGGGAGGAACUAGAUUCAUUGGAAACACACAUCCCUGUCCUAAGUGCCAUUCAUUUGGUAUCAUUGAUUUAUAAAGAAAUGAAUUUUUCAAGGAGGAUAGAGGAAUCCUCCUAGUCAAUCUGAUUGAGGGAGGUUAAAAGGUUUAACUAUUAUUCAGGAAGGCAAUAUGUUGUUUUAGAGUAAGUACUGCUGCUUCCUUGGUGAUUCCAUCCACCCCAGAUCUAAAAGCCAUAACUACAACUAGCUUUUACUGUGCAAACUGCACUAGCUUCUGCCUGUAGCCCAACAAUUGAAUGAUUUGGCUUCCCAUCUCCAACUGGAAAAGGAGGUACAUCUACAUCCUGCCAAUAUCAACAGUGAGCAUCCAGUCUUUUCUCUCCCAGCCCAGAGUUCCCCCAUGGAACAGGUAGCAAGUUCUUGGAGAGGCCGUAAAGCCUAUGAGUCUCAGGAAAAGAUUCUGCUGCCAGUCUCCACAGUCCUGAGUUUGAAUUGGCCAGAAGUGCAACAUUUUCCUAAUUUAAGGAGUACAUGAUCUUUCCAAGACAGGCAUUAAGGACCCUUUUCAGCUAAAAUGGCCAAUUCUCUGAGAAAGUGGUAUUCUUCCUGCUCCAUCCAAAACCUUUAAAAAGCAACAGUUGAGUAGUUUUGCAGCACCCCAGCUGCUCUGAGCUUCACCUUCUUCGAAGGAUUUUCAGGCCAGAAAAGUCUGCAGAGGAAGCAGACAGUGGGGUGACUCCUCCUUCCAGCCAACUUUCAUCUGUCAGCCUGGGAUGAGGUAGACCGAAUUUUCCACAUCAAUUCAAUAUAAAUGAGGCAUCUGAAAGAAACCUACAUGUCUAUCUCUGCCAUUUUUUUUAACACCAGAAUUUCCUUCUGCAUUCAAGUGAACCUGUAUUUGAAGACUUAACUGCUUCAAUGCUCUUGCCUUCCACUUCCAAAGUUAGUAACUAUUAAAUGCCUGCGAAAAGAAGCUGCUUGAAGAGAGUCCUGUGUCUUCUUGCAGUGCAGGGGUUUUAUAGAUUGAUGUCCAAGAGCUUAGUCUUUCAUUUGUCAUAAAUAGCUCAAAAACAGCUUCUCUAACUCAUAAUGCCACCUGACAUCUUCUACAGACCUCAGAAGACUAAAGGAAAAUGGCUUUUUAGAGGAAAUUUUGAGCAUGUAACUUGUUUUUUUUUUUUUUUGGCAGAACCAUAGAUGCUAAUAAAAUGUAUGUUGCUAGAAGAAUAUUACCUGUUAAACUCAUAUGCCUAUGCACUCAUGUUAACAUACUGUGUAAAUACAGCAUUGUGGGAUGUGCCAAUACAUCCCCCUGCCUCAGUGAAGGAAUGAUUCUCUAUUACUAUCUCUCCCAAUGAUCCUAGAACUGUUAAAAUACUAAUUCUUAUGCUAUUUUUUAUUAAGGUUUAUUAUUAUAUCUAUUUUAUUUAAGGUUUAUUAAGGAUAAGAAAUGAAUACUGUUUCUUAGACUAAGGAAUAACACAAAAACAAUAUUAUUUUAGUUCAUUUCAUGCUGUAAAUUGGUAUAUAAAAUUGGUAUAUAAAAACAAGAAGGUUAUUCUUGAACAAAUUAGGAUAACUGAUGUAACUGCCCACGUAACCGUGUCCUAACAAAACAAGAACCUGAGAUGUUAUGUUAUAUUUACUGCACUAUAUUAAAUUUAUUAUACCUUG